AGCAUAUCUCCAAGGGUAUAUAAAAGACACUGUAGAAGCUCUAGUAUUUAUAUUCAUAAUCUUGUUUGUCAGAUUCCUCAAAAAACUCUCUUCUUGUAAAGAUGUCUUGCGUUAUAGUUUUAUUCUUCUGCUUGCUCUGUUUUGGUGUAUCGGAGGUAAACUCACAAGAUGACCAGAACUGUGACUUCGAAGAAUUUGACAGAUGUGCAAAUGUGCUGAUGGCCUUCAGAGAAAAUCCCAAAGACGCCGUACCCGUAACUGUGGAAGAGAUAUAUGCAAGCUGCAGCGAAGUUCAUCAAGCAGGAGAAUGUCUAAAGAACUUUUCAGCGCAAUGCUUAGAUUCCACAGGUAAAAAGAUAGUGGAUGGGGUUGUUGAAGGUGUUUUGAUUGGAGCCUCAUACGUGUGUGAAGAAGAUGGAUUUUUACGAUCAA